ACGGCCGCCGUUGGCCGCUCCGCCCUCCCCGGCCCGUUGCACGAGCGCGCGGCCCGGCCCGAGGAUGCGGGAAGGGCCGGCGCUGCCCCCCCCCGCCGCCGCCGCCGGCGCCGCCCCGGUGCCCGGCUUCCUGGCCAAGCUCUGGGCGCUGGUGGAGGACCCGCACAGCGACGACGUAAUCUGCUGGAGCAGGAAUGGUGAGAACUUCUGCAUUCUGGAUGAGCAGAGGUUUGCCAAGGAGUUACUCCCCAAGUACUUCAAGCACAACAAUAUCUCCAGCUUCAUACGACAGCUUAACAUGUAUGGUUUCAGGAAGGUGAUUGCUCUGGAGAAUGGUAUGGUUACGGCAGAGAAAAGCUCAGUCAUUGAGUUCCAGCACCCCUUCUUCAAGCAAGGGAAGGCACACUUACUGGAAAACAUCAAGCGCAAGGUAUCUGCAGUAAGAACGGAGGAUCUCAAGGUCUGUACGGAGGAUUUGCACAAAGUACUCUCAGAAGUCCAGGAAAUGAGAGAGCAGCAGAACAACAUGGAUGUCAGACUGGCUAACAUGAAGAGAGAAAAUAAGGCCCUGUGGAAGGAAGUGGCAGUUCUAAGGCAGAAGCACAGUCAACAACAGAAGCUGCUGUCUAAGAUUCUUCAAUUUAUACUAAGUUUGAUGCGAGGGAAUUAUAUUGUUGGGGUCAAAAGAAAAAGGUCUCUAACAGAUGCUGCAGGUGCUUCACCUUCCAAAUACAGUCGUCAGUAUGUUCGCAUACCGGUGGAGAGUGGCCAAGCAGUGGCUUUUUCGGAACAUAAUGCGGAUGUUGAGGAUGGAAAUGGUACAGGUCUUGUCAUUCGAGAUAUCACUGAUACCCUAGAAAACGCCACCGAUGGUCUCCUUGCUGUGGCACACACAAGUGGCAGAGCCAGAGAGACACAGGCAGCUCUGGAUCCCAGCUUACCUAUUUGUCAAGUAUUGCAGCCAAAUGAGUUAAGUCGUGCAGAACCUGUCCCACCAGUUCUUAUAAACGAUGUCAGCAAAUCCAGUGAAAUAGGAAAUGUUGCUGUGGAACUCCAUUCUGCACAACCUAAUGCUCCAGAAGACCCCGUGUCAGUGAUUGACUCCAUCUUGAACGAGAACAGCUCUGGAAACCAAAAUGAUCCUUUACUGGAAAGAGAAGAAAUUCAGGAUUUUCUUAAUUGCAUUGAUGCCAGCCUUGAAGAGCUUCAAGCAAUGUUAUCUGGGAAGCAGUAUAACUUUGGUUCUGAAGCUUUCAGUGAUACAUUUAAUCCAGAGCUGCCAGCCCUGGAUAUAAGCUUGAUGGAAACUUCCCCUGGUAUGGAAAAUGUAAGCAUUGCAGACUUGACAGAGACCACUGAAGAUCCGGGAGCGAGUGAGGGAGACACAGCAGGAAGCAAAGAUAUGCAGCUGAUACAGUACAGGGCCAAUCCUCUGCUUUCAUUAUUUGAAGAACUACCCUCAAGCGAAGCUGCAGGGAAGACAGAGGAUCCGAAAGACCUGCUGCCCCCCUUGGAGGAGAAACCUGCUCUUCAUCCUCCACCAGAUAGUGAAACUGUCUUGCCGCUAACAACUCCAACGAGCCAGACUGAGCCUCUGGACGCACUGGGAAUGGGCGACCCACCGCUCCUCUCGGAAGAUGGGAGUGGAGAGUAUAAACUGUUUCCGCUCUUGCUCCUCAGUCCUGUUGCUAACUUCAUAGAAGAGGCCUCUGAGAUAGAAACUUCUUGAACUCACGUAACAUCUGCAACUGGCUCAGUGAUGUGAAAUGGACAGCAAGAAGUUUGACCUCUCUCCUCACCUGCUUCCUGGGUGCCGUGUUCUCCAUGGACAAAAGGAAGUUCUCUUUCUACAAGCAAAGAGUGCAUCUGGAAAAACUGAGCACAAGCUCAGAAGAAGAGCUGGUGGGAGUAAAGGCACUGGGCAGAGGGGAAGAACAACCUCCCUGUAAACGUACCACAGCAUGUUCCAUAACUUUUUAUCUGAUAUCCUUAUUGCAAAGGAAAUGUGUUUGUAAAGUUUGGCUGGGUUAUUUUUAUUGGUGGGUUUUGGUUUGGUUUUGGUUUUUUUUUUAUUAGCUGGAUAGUAACGUGGUGUGUAAUAUUUUAAACGUAGAUUUUACUCUUUCUAAGAGCCCAUUUUAAUAGGUGGCUUGUUUACUGUUUGGAAUUAAGAUUGUUGGGGGUUUUUUUAAUUUUGUUUUUAAUUUGAGAUCUGUUUUGAUAGUUUGUGGCUACAAUUGUUUGCAUCUGCUUAGGUCACUUUCGUACUCCUAGAUUUGCUCCUAGGUACAGGGAACGUUUUUUCCUAUGGAAAAUUGCAUUUUAACUGUGGAAUAUUACUUUUUAACAUGCUAACACACAUCCAUUGCCACAGUUUGUAGGUGUUGUGGUAGGAAGUGCUUGCCACCCUGCGUAAUGCUGGUUUCUCAUGCACAUUGCAUGGCAGUUCUCCUAGGGUAACUUGCACCUAGCUCACAGGUUGUGUGUCCUCAGAAAUUUUGAGUAGAACUGAUUCAUGUCUAGCAAAGUCCAGCAGCUGCCCUUAAAAUAGGGGCGGGGGGGGGUAGAGAAGGCAGAAAGGAGUCAUGGGGUAACUUGCAUUGAUGCAGGACGUGACAUUAAGAUUCCUCUUCUGCUUGCAGCAGCUACUCGUCUACCUGACCCUUUAUGAACACUGGACUUCUUCCUCCAUUUUCUGCUUGUGGAAUCUUAAAGCUGAACUAACUAGAUGCAUUUGAGUCCUUUGACAGCAAAUUACAAAACUAGUGUCUGGUUAAUCAAAAAACCUUUCCCCAAAAUUCCUUUCUACACUGUUUUCCUAACUUCUUUGAGCAACUGUAAGGUGGACAGCAGCUCCUGGUGUCAGUGGGAUUGCCAGCUCUCCUUCGCUGAUACCAAGUUUCUAACAGUCUACCACUAGCCCACACAAACCUGGAGCCUGCUGUAGUGAUACAAAACCGUUGGGACUAGAAGAGGCCUGGAAGCGGGUAGAAAACCCGUUGUAUAAUAUCACGUGAUAUUUCCUACCAGCACAAUUACUUGAAAAUUUUAUUCAAGUUUUAGGAAUCCAGGCUACCUACAGGGUUUGUUCUCUCCAAAGUUUCUGAGCAAGUUUUGAGAUCUUUUAUAUUCAAGAAUCCAAGUUAAUCUGAUAUUCUAAAGCCUACUAGAUAACGCACAUUAUGCUAGCCUUGCUUAAUUGGGUUUGUGCUUCAUUGUCAAAUCUUUUGAGUUGCAGAGGAGGAUCUUGCUACUGAGUGUGUGUGUAUGUGUAAAGCCUUCACAGUGUCGUUUCAUUCCCAUGCUUCUGUAACUGUUCUUUACCUCAUGACCCUUCGUCUUUGUAUCUUUUGAAUUGCCUUUCGUCAAGUACAUCUUAUGCUAGCCCUUUCUAGUCUCUUUUUUUUUUUUUUUUUUGCUUCUUUUGUGAGACAUGGGCUGAAGAGUCUCAAGUUUUUGUGAGCUAAAGGGAGAGGGGGAAAUGAGUGAAUAUCUGUCUUGGGUUCCACUUUUGUUUUUUCCAUUUCUUCCCAAAGGCCUCAAUUUUGUCAAGAGUGAAACAGUAAGAAACAGACUUUUCUUCUGUGCUGGUUUGACAGCAUAGUGGAGACAACAAAGUUCUCUGGGAGGCUGAUCUUCUGUAACUCUGACUUCCUGAACAGGCUAGGCCGAAGUGUAGUUCCUGUAAGGGAUUCCUGUCAUGUUCUUCCAUCGUGGAGUCCUCUGAUCUCAGUGCGUCUCACUGUCAGAUACUUGAUCUGAUUGCAUAAUAGUUUUUUAAUACACUCUCUCUUAAGUUAAGAAACCAAGGCUUAAGAAAACUGCAAAUAAACUUGUGCAUCUGUGUCUGGUUUAUGUACUGGUCUAGGAAGAGUCUGUGUUCAUGCAGGUUUCCUAAGAACGAUGGCAAUGGGAAGGCUGAAAAGCAAGGAAAACCCACAUGCUGAAACAAUUAAACUCAAGAACUGUGAAACCA